AUGCAAAGCAUUGAGUUCCCCAAAGACAAGCCCAAACAGCUCCUAUUAGACAUGGUGGUGGACAGGUGGCCGUGCAACCUCAGGGACUCUGCAAGACAGAUGCACCCGCUCCUCUUUACGACCCUCCAUGGACCAGACAACCCUAGAAACUCAGAGCACAAGUACGGGUCAACCCCCCUGUACAGUGACUGUCUGAUUUUGUUUUCUUUCUUUCUGAUUUUCAUUCCAGAGAGUGUGGCACAGCUAUCUGAUUGUGGUCAGGCAAAUCUAAACACCAGGAUUGUUGGAGGACAAGAUGCUCCUGCAGGGUUCUGGCCUUGGCAGGUCAGUCUGCAGACAUCUGCCCACUUCUGUGGAGGAUCCCUCAUCAACAACCAGUGGGUGCUGACGGCAGCUCACUGCUUUAAAAGUGGCAGUGCAUCUGGUGUGAACGUAGUUCUGGGUCUUCAGAGUCUGCAGGGAUCAAACCCCAACAGAGUGUCUCGAACAGUAACGACUUUAAUCGUUCAUCCAAACUACAACUCAGUGACAGCAGAUAACGACAUCGCCCUCCUGCAGCUCUCCUCACAAGUAACCUUCAACAACUACAUCACUCCGGUCUGUUUGCCUUCCACCAACAGCACCUUCUACAGCGGGGUCAACACCUGGGUCACCGGCUGGGGCAACAUUGGAACUGGAGUCUCCCUUCCUGCCCCACAAACCCUCCAGGAAGUACAAGUACCGAUUGUGGGAAACAGACAGUGUAAGUGCAGCUAUAGCUCCAUCACUGACAACAUGGUGUGUGCCGGGUUACUGGCAGGAGGCAAAGACUCUUGUCAGGGAGACUCUGGAGGUCCGCUGGUGAUUAAGCAGAACAACCGCUGGAUCCAGGCAGGAGUUGUGAGUUUUGGAAAUGGUUGUGCUCUACCUCAUUUCCCAGGAGUCUACACCAGAGUGUCCCAGUACCAGACCUGGAUCAACACCCAAAUCACCACCAAUCAGCCGGGCUUUAUCACCUUCACCUCGACUGGAACUGACAGUGACCUCAGUGUGUCGUGUCCAGGAGUGCCACCAAUUAAUACUACUGCCACAACUAUAACAACUACAACAACUUAUGUACCCCCAACAACUACAACAACCACUAAACCAGCUGCACCAACAACUUAUGUAUCUCUAAUACCAACUACAAUUAUCACAACUACAACAACCGUGACACACCCAACAACUACCACUAAACCUACAACAACCACCACCCAUUCAACAACCAUCAAACCUACAACAACCACCACCGAUUCAACAACCAUUAAACCUACAACAAUCACCACCCAUUUGACAACCACUACAACAAAAACUACAACCCAGCCACCAUUCACCACACCCAAAGCUGUGGUUUGUGGACAGGCCACCCUGAAUUCCCGUGUUUUAAGUGGAAGUUCAGUGGUAACUGCAGGUCAGUGGCCUUGGAUGGCGAGUCUACAGAAAAACGGACAGCAUGUGUGUGGAGGGACACUAAUUGCUCUGGACUCAGUGCUUAGCGAUGCUAACUGCUUCACAAGUCCUCCUGUGGCGUCUGAGUGGACGGUUGUGUUGGGUCGUCUGAAGCAGAAUGGAUCAAACCCCUUUGAGGUGUCACUGGAUGUGACAAAUAUCACUCUGAGCAACCAGACAGGGUCCAAUGUUGCUGUGCUGCAACUCUCCACCCCGCCCCCCCUGAAUAAUUACAUCCAGCCCAUCUGUCUGGACAACGGAAGAACUUUUACUGUGGGAACAACAUGCUGGGCUGCAGGCUGGAGUUCUGGACGUGGAGGAAAUGAGCAACUUAUGCAGGAGUUCCAGACGUCUGUGUUAGACUGUGGGACAACUUCUACAAGUGACAGCAUUUGUACAGAAAUAUUUACACUGGAGCAGGGUGACUCUGGAGGUCCGCUCAUGUGUAAGCUGGAUGGGUAUUGGUUCCAGACGGUUGUGCUGUCAUCUGUGAACAGCACAUCCAGGACAAAGCAAGCUACACCCAUGAUGGUUUUUGAAAAAGUGUCCAACUUUCAGGACUUCCUUUUGCGCACACUGGGGACAUUUUUGAGUCCACCCUCCACCAAUACAGCUAGCACCAACACCACCAACACCACUUCAAAUCCUCUGGCUUCAAGCGCCAGAGAGGGAACUCCCUUUUUCUUCAGCUUCCACCUCUUUAUCCCCUUUUUAUGUCUGCUGUUCUUCUCACAUAGAAGUUGAAUUUUUCCAGAAUUACAUGAUGUGAAAUCCACAAAUGAGUGUAAGUAGUUCAUUUUGAAACCCAGACAGGCGUUUCCUGGUUGACUAUAUUUUUUCUUAACAUCUAAAACUAAGUGGUGCUGUUUGUUUGGGUGACAAAUCAGGGAUAUAGGGGGUAUAUCUGUAAAAACUCAGAGGAAACCCAGUUAUUCAGGCUUACACCCAAUGAACCAGUCGACAUGUUUUCUGUGACAGAAUAAGGAAGUCUGUGACCCGUUCGGUUUGUGUUUUAACUCUGAAGGACAGUUGUCUAUAAAAUGUGGUCCAAGGACCCAAAUGCUAGAAUGUUGCACGUCCUCUGGGGGGCGCUGUGAUUCUUUUUAUCUACUUCAAACCUGUGCUGUCACAGUACAAAUUAUGAUUUUAUUUGAUCCGUAGUAUCUUAGAUUUGAUUUAUUUCCUAUAGAAUGACUCAGAAUGUUUGUAAACACGUCUAUAAUCCUGUUUAUUUCCGUUAUAGGAGCUCUGCAUGAUUGAACUGACAUAAUAUAAACAUCUUCAGUAAUUAAAUUAUUUUUAUAAGUGCAAAGCGCAAUUAAAAUCACAGCUGUUUUCUGAUGGUAAUUAACUUGUGGAUAGACUGAAUCUAUUAUGAUCUGUUCUUUGCCAGGAACAUUCACAUGCAAAUAUUUACGUGUAAUCAAAUUUCAUGCACUCAUUUUUAAAAUAAAGGUAAGAUGUGUUUUUCACUUUGUGCUUUAGUUUGAUGCUUAAGUUUAAUCAAUUCUUCAAAAUAUUUGCAUAUUAAUAUUUUACAAUGUCUCUGUAAUGAUGAAAAAAUUAUGUGUGUUUAUGCAUGUU